AUGAAUGGCCCCAUCAGAUCCUUUAACCUCAUCAAUCGACAUACUUUCUCCACGAAGGAUCUCGAGCUCCAACAGAACCAGCGCACUAUCCUCUGGAUCCACGUCAACACCGGCUUCCUCUCCAAGCCACAACUCAACCUCCACCAGAAUGGCCCCUCAGGCCCCAUCGUCGCUUCUGCAAAACUUCGAAAUUUCUCCUCCGGCAUCCAAGUCUCUCUAGGAGGCGGACCCUGGGCCGACGUCCCCGCAGAAGGCUUCAUAACGAAACAAUAUCCUUUCUAUUUCGGGGACAGGAAAUUCGUCUGGAGACGAACACGGGACGGAGCGCUGGGAGCGAGUACUUUCGGGGCCGGGGAUUUCAAAUUAUUGGAUGCGAGUAAUGAGGGGGUUGUGCUUGCGGUCUGGAUCAGUGAUAAUAAGUGGUUCAAUAUGCACGAGAUUGGGAGGGUGGACUGGUUUGUGGAUUUGGGAAGGGAUUUGGAAGUUUUCGCUCUUAUCGUUAUCCUUGGGAUUGGGGAGAAGUUGAGGAGGGAUUCGAGUGGUGCUGCUGGUGGGGCGUCGGGCGGUGGUGGUGGAGGUGGGUGA